AUGCCUACAAUCUCAGUAGACAAAGCCGAGCUUUUUGAGCGGCUCGGACGUCACUAUACCACGGAGGAAUUCGGUAGUUUGUGCUUUGACUAUGGACUAGAAUUAGAUGAAGACACCACGUCGGAGGUAGAAGCUGCGAUCAAGAAAGGACUUCCCGCAGAACGUCCCCAAUUAAAAAUUGAAGUACCCGCAAACAGAUACGAUCUGGUCUGUCUAGAAGGUAUCUCCCGUGCCUUGCGCGCUUUUCUAGGAAAAGAAAAUCCGCCGCAGUAUACACUUGCAUAUCCCCCAGGCGGUGAGAAAGAUCUCAUCACCGUAACCAUCUCCGAAGAGACCCAACGCGUCCGUCCCUUCUUCGCAUGUGCAGUGCUUCGCAACAUCAAAUUUACGCCCAUAAGCUACGCGUCCUUCAUUGACCUCCAAGACAAACUACAUCAAAACAUCGGGCGCAGGCGAAGUCUCGUCGCCAUCGGAACACAUGACCUCGACACCCUCACCCCUCCGUUUCGAUAUGAAGCUCGUAUACCCACUAACAUCGCUUUCGCGCCUCUCGGUCGUGAAACGGUGCACACCGCUGCAGAGCUCAUGCAGAUCUACGAAUCGGACAAACAUCUCUCCCGGUACUUGCACAUCAUUCGAGAUUCUGAUGUCUAUCCGAUCAUCUAUGAUGCAGAGGACCAUGUGUUGAGUAUGCCCCCCAUCAUCAAUUCGGAGCAUAGUAAGAUCACACUGGAGACUAAGAAUGUGUUCAUUGAUACGACUGCCACGGACGAUACGAAGUUGCAGAUCGUGAUCAAUAUGGUGGCGAGCAUGUUUUCGGAGUAUUGUGCCGAGCCUUUCACGAUUGAGCCUUGCAAGAUCGUCUUUCCUGACGGUUCGACGCGCAUAUCUCCUGAUAUCACUCCACGCACAGUGACUGCCCGCGCAUCGUACAUCAACUCUUGCACCUCUCUUUCCCUAACACCCGCCACAAUUCAGUCCCUCCUAACGCGUAUGACCCUCUCACCCACCCUCUCACCCGAUGACCCCGACGCUCUAAUCGUUUCACUUCCAUGCACGCGUCCUGAUAUCUUCCACGAAGUCGACGUAAUGGAAGACGCAGCGGUCGCAUACGGGUUCAACAACCUCCCAGAUAUCUUCCCCCAGACUAGCACAGUCGCACAACCUUUGCCGAUCAGCAGGCUCACGGACGUCAUCCGGAGGGAAUGGGCGAUGGCAGGAUGGGUCGAAGCGUUACCUUUCAUUCUCUGCUCACACGAAGAAAACUUUUCCUUUAUGGGCCGUCCUGACCCCGGUUCCCUAGCAGUAAAAAUUGCCAACCCCAAAACCCUCGAAUUCCAGGUAGUCCGCACAUCCCUCUUACCAGGACUCCUCAAAACCAUUCGCGAGAAUCGCUCGCAUGCUCUCCCAAUCCGCGUUUUCGAGCUCAGCGACGUCGUGUUCAAAGAUACAACCCGGGAGAGACAAGCACGAAAUGAGAGACAUGCGGGGGCGGUGUGGUGUGCGAGGAGUGCGGGUUUCGAGGUCGUACAUGGGUUGUUGGAUAGGGCUAUGAAGAUGUUGGAGAUUCCGAGGGUUGGGAAGGGGGAUGGGAGGGAUGUGGGGUAUUAUAUCAAGGAGGGGGAUGAUCCUGCGUACUUCCCUGGACGCGCAGCGACUAUCUAUUACCGCCCACCACCCCCAAAGACAUCAAAAACAGGCGAACUUGCUGAUAAACUCAAGAACACGCUGCACAUCAAUCAAGACCGAGACAUCGUGAUCGGCACGCUGGGUGUGCUACACCCCACCGUGCUCGAAAAAUUCGAGAUAACCUACCCCUGCUCAGCCCUGGAAUUCAACAUGGAAGUUUUUCUGGAGCGGUCAUAG